CCUCCAGUGUGUGUUGAGGCGGACAGACAGGGCUCGUACAGCUCAGUCUGUGAAUGAAAUCUCAUCGACUGUGCUGGUUUAAAGAUAUCGUUGCUGUGUUAGCUCGCUGUUGUGAUUAACGACGUCUCGGCGAGUUUCGCUGUCAGAAAAUAACGCCAACAUUUUCAAACAAUGUGCACAAUCCGAGGAGACAGUCGAGUCAACCCGCUCGGAAAACUUCUCGGCUGUUCGCCAACUAAUGUUUUUUACUUUAACUCGUAUUUUUAACGUGAUUUAACUCAAGUUACGAUGCCGCGCUGGUUGUCUGACGCCUUACAUGUGACUGCUAAAACAAUGAGGCUGAGAAUGCGUAAGGCGUCUCAGCAACCGAACCCCACUCUGGCAAGCCGCCCAUCUCGUACCAAGCGGAGGCAUUCAGAAGUAGAAGAGGACCCUCCUUCCACGGGUGGGAGGGGCUUGUUCUCGACCAUCAAGAAGUUCAUCAGAGGAAAUGCUGUCAAGCAGGAGAGCCCAGCCAAGAAGACACGCCUCCACUGUGAUGUGGACAACAACCUGAUCACCUCCACCCCAACGAACACCAACAACCCCCGCAAGACUAUCAGCAGGGUUGGAAGGAGAGGCUCCCUCAAUGGACAGGCAACCAAUCAUGACAGGAGUAAGGAGAAGCCCAAUGGCAGUCUGGAGGAGACGACGGCCGUUGAGGUGCCCACCAGCCCCCCCAGAACCACCCUUCUCGGGACCAUCUUCUCCCCUGUUUUCAACUUCUUCUCACCAGCUAAAAAUGCCUCUUCUGGCUCAGACUCUCCAGACCAGGCAUUGGAGGCAGAGGAGAUAGUGAAGCAGUUAGAAAUGGAGCAGCCUGUAGAGAUGCCCACCAGCACAGUCACAUCCACACAGGAAGUGUGUGCCACCACUAACUUCUACUCUAGUGUAUCACAGCUGCCACCUUUGCGACCUCCGCACAUCCCCGAGGUAUCUCCCACAGCCGUGGAGGGAGAGCUUGAUGCUGACCUUCCACCCCUCACAGCUCCAGGCUCCAGUCCAGAUAUGGCAUAUGUGGACUCUCCUCCUGCUGCAGUACCACCAGAGGCAUCCUAUGAGGAAGACUGGGAAGUGUUUGACCCGUAUUUCUUCAUCAAGCACGUCCCUCCACUGACAGAAGAGCAGCUCACUCGUAAGCCAGCGUUGCCAUUGAAGACACGCAGCACGCCUGAAUUCUCCCUGGUCCUAGACCUGGAUGAAACGUUGGUUCACUGCAGUUUAAAUGAGCUGGAGGAUGCUGCACUUACCUUCCCUGUCCUCUUUCAAGAUGUCAUUUACCAGGUGUAUGUGCGCCUGAGGCCGUUCUUUAGAGAGUUUCUGGAACGCAUGUCUCAAAUCUAUGAGAUCAUUCUUUUCACAGCCUCUAAAAAGGUGUAUGCGGACAAACUUCUCAACAUCUUGGAUCCUAAAAAGCAGCUAGUGAGACACAGGUUGUUUCGUGAGCAUUGUGUCUGUGUCCAGGGAAACUACAUCAAGGACCUCAACAUCUUGGGCAGAGAUCUGUCAAAGACCAUCAUCAUCGACAAUUCACCACAAGCCUUUGCAUAUCAGUUGUCCAAUGGGAUUCCCAUAGAGAGCUGGUUCAUGGACAAGAAUGACAAUGAGCUUCUGAAGCUGGUGCCCUUCCUGGAGAAGUUGGUUGAGAUGAACGAGGAUGUGCGGCCGCACGUUCGGGAGAGGUUCCGACUUCACGACCUGUUGCCCCCCGAUUGAACUCAACCACCGUCUCAGAACGGGACAACAUGAAAAGACUGAAAACAACAUGCGUGUAAAAAGCCCCUCUUUGGAUUACAAACUACAACAUUGCCAUUACUGUUAAAAUUUUAGCCUUUUAUUUUUUUUUUUCUUCUUUUUGGUUAAAUUUUUGUUUUUAAAUCCACAGUUGCUUUUUAAAAAAAAAAAAACUUCAAAAGAAACAUUUUUAAAUAUCUGGGUGAAAUUUUCUAAAUAUUAAUGUAUAGAUGAAAUUACACACACUAUGAACAAGCCCAGGUAGACUCCUCUUUUUGACUGGAGCUGGAUAUGUCUCCAUUGUAAAUCCUGAAGUCUUGGUGCUGGUUUAGUGGAUGUGAAAACGCCACCCGGUAAAGAGGAACUCCACCCCGACAGAGUCCCUGAACCCAAACCAACCCCUGGUGCUCACGCUGUUGACACUGACGAAUAACGACACUCUGUGGCUACAGACCAUUUUCAGCAGGAACGACUGGCCUGUAAAUCAAUCUGUGCAUGUGUGUAUGUUUACUCCUAGCCACACACACACACUCACUGAUUUGGUGUUUGGCAAACGUACAACGUGUAGCCUUUAAAAUCAUAUGCAUUCCUCCGUAGCUAAGUCAAGUUUCUAUUGUUGGUUGCAGUUUUUUUCUGGUAAAACUGGUGUUUCAUUGUUUAAAAAAAAAAAGGAAAAAACGAUAGCAUUUCAAAAUGUUUUACUUCUGUUUGUAAGAUAUGAUAUUUUAAAAGGGGUCAUGUAAGUUUUAUUGUAAGCCUUUUUCCUAUUAGAACAUGGGUGCAUAUUAAUGCUGACAGUCCACUGCAUAGUCAAAUGAAAUGGAAUUAAUCCAGGACUAUUAAGGAUAGUUUGUUCUUGUUCUAACAUAUAGAGGUUUAAAUCAAUAUGUUGGCUUCACUGUGGACACAACAAGGCUCUUUAAUUAAAUGUUAGGAUUAAGAAUCUUCUUACCUGUAAAUCUGACAUAUUGUAAAGGUUUGAGGGCAUUCAUUUUCAAAGUGAGACGUGUCAACGUUAACCUUUCCUUAAUAAUGGUAUUUGAUUUGUCAUUUGUCUAUAACCAGUAUUGUCUUUUACUCCUAAUCAAGUAUUCUGGCUAAAUCCGAGCUCUGUUUCUUUUAGUUGCAAUGUGUAAUUUGAUGGCUAUAUGAGUAGCAUUAUGACUAAUGUAGCACAUCUCUGCCAGUGUGUCAUGAAGUCUACUCAUGGUAGAAACCUACGGCCAGACCCUGUACCAGCCAUAUCUGGCACCAGCAACAUACUGUUUGAACAGUCAGCCUUACUGACUGCUCCUCUACCUGUCUGUUUCAUACUUUUUAAUUUGUACUUUUAAACUUUAGUUUUUUUUUGCUUUUAUGUUUAGUGCAGUUUGAAGCCUUGUGUUUAAGAAUGGUAA